AUGCAACCGGGCGUCAGCGAGGUGGCCCGCGGCUCGUACAGGACGUUCCACACGUCGGCAAGCGCGGCACGUCGACCCAAAACGGACUACGGCAUCCUGCUAGAGGCUAAGCGUCGUAGCGAAGGCACGAUCAACCGCAAGAGCGCAAGCACAAGAUCGUGCGCUGCGGCAGAGCAGGCAGGACAACGGCUAAGCUCCCCGCGCUGGCGCGGCGUUCGGGAGGCUGGGAAUGUGAUAGAACCUACAACGACUUGGACGCAAAGGACGACCUCUUUGCUGCCUACCCCUCGUGGUCAGUGUACUCCCAUGUUGCAGAACGGCCGAACGUCCCCUCGUGGUGAGCAGCACGUAGGAAGGGCUGUCUCAGAUGAGAAGAUGGAUGACGCUGCCUCCGCACUGCUCUCAGAACUCCAGCAGGUGGUAGUGCGUGUCUCGCAUCAGAUGGUCGACGAGCGCCGCCGUGCCGCUCAACAGCGCAAGCAGAUCGAUACGCUUGAGACGAUCGUGGCGGAGCAAGACGCGAUGCUGGAUGCGCUACGAACGCAACACAAUGCUGCACAGUACGAGAAAAGCUGCCGUCUGAAAUGCUACCAGAACGAGUUGCGUUGCCGGGGUGUCGAUUCUGUUCAGCCAAAGGGGUACAAUCGUGAGAGGUGCCGCACAUCGGAAUGGCGCAUUUCAGCUGCGCAAGUGGACGACUGUGUCUGCGCUGAGUUCCGCCGCCUCUCGCCCAUUUACGAGUCAUCUCCUUUUAGCGGGUUUGACGAGGUAAGUCCCAUUAUCGCUGCCGUGUUGCGGUCACUGGCGACGCAGGUACUUCAGCUGCGGUGCGCGGCGAGAGAAAACGAAGUAAAAGCAAGCAGUCUCUCAAGAGGUGAAUCAUCGUUUGCGUUUCAGCUUCCUGCUGGAUCCGCGCCCCUUGUAACUGCACCAGCAGUUUCGUCUCCCUCUGUUAUGCUGAGCUUCAACAGGCACGCCCCCGCUGCCAAUCGCAGCAACGCAAGCGCCGUGGACCGCGUGAAGCCCACGAUGGCUCCAGAAACGCAAACAAAAGCUUCCAUGUCUGCAACACCCGCAGCAGGACCGCACCAUGCCUCUUUGGGGAGUGCUAGUCUCACAAUUGGUGAGGAAGAGAAGUUGUUCUGCGUCGAUAUGGGCGCCGGCAUGAAUACCACAGUCCGUGCAGCAGCACGCCCCGCGUCAGAGGCGAGCGUAUCAGUGUCAAACUCCGUGUGCGAGGAUGCAGCCUCCAUCCUGUCGGACAUACGUGCUCGCUACGGUCUGUAG